AUGGUCAUAAUCGGAAAGCAGGGCCGGCGUGCUCGUCGAGGUGAGAUGAAGCGACACGACACAGGGACUCUUGCUCCUCCACGACGUUGUCCAGGGCGGGUGUUGAAACAACGAGGCAAAGUUGAUAAAAACACUCCGGGGACAAGAACAACUUCGAGGGAGAUGUUGAUACAGCAGGGAAGUCGUGAAGGGAACGCUCGGCUUGCAGCAUUGGUGGCGCUGCACAACUCCAUGAAGAUGGUGAUACCCGGUAGUUGUGCAACCAGAGCGUUUAGUACCUCAGGAGCCAAGAAGAUGAGCACCACAUCAAAGAAUAGGCCGGCCCAACAAGUAGAACGCAACGAAACUCCUGCAAGGAACAACGUCACAGGUGCCGCGACGUCCGUAUUUCUAUUUUCAUCGGGCAGAAAAGCAGGAACUACAUCGACUUUUCGACCUACGGCACGGAAUUCUAAACGAGCUUUUUCAACAUGGACGGGCUUCAGGUCGUCCACAUCAUCUCCCGUAGUAAAGGACCACAUCGGUGGUCGUGCUCCUGCGCGGCAGCACUACUUCCUCAUGUGGAUUUGCGGGCUGGUACUGUUGGCGCAGCACCUUGCCGGAAUGAUUUUGCUGUUGCGUGUGCGCGAGCAGGAGCAAGAGGUAGAAAUACAUCUCUCUCCGCAACAACUACAACGCAACGGCUCGACAUCGCGUGAUCUACUCCGGGAAGAUAAUGAUGCGGACAACAAAAUGUGGCUCAUUUUUGUCCGGGCGGUACGACAAGACCCGCCUAACAUCAACCGCCAGAGCGUUGUCGAGGUCGGUGGCGGCGUCGUCGUUGCGGAGGAGCAAAGCGCAGCAGCAGAAGAGGAGGAAUCUCCACCCGAUUUUUAUGACGUCGCGGAAGAUCAGAGGUCCUCACCAGUGUCAACAACAUCGACGCCGUCUGUUUCGGUCGACACCUUGAAGACGCACGAGGUCGACGAGACAGAUCAAGAUGUUCUAGCGGAAGCAGGAGGUGCUGGGGAAGAAAUUAUAGUACCCGCCAGCAGCAGCAGUGUUCUGCAGGAAGAAACCUCCAAACCGGAGUCAACAACAUCUCCACAACUACAUGAAGAGGACGAAGUUCUUCUGUCGCCGAGCUGGACGAGAGUUGAUGCAAGAGCGCAGAACUCCGAAAGGGUCCACGAAGAUGGCCUCGAAUCUUCAACUGCUGCUGGCGCAGGAGCCCCCCAGAAUGCGACAACAGUAGUGAAGAUCUCGCCCCUCUUCCCGAAUGGUGUCACGUCCAUGCUACAGCUGAUAGAGGAAGGCCCAGUCUUCUUCCCAGGGGCUGCGGAGGGAAAAUCUAUCCUGGAAUUAAUGGUACCGGGUAGAAGAAGCAAGCGAAGGGCCCGCCAUAAAAUCAAAAAGACGAAAAAAUCCAAAAGUGCGCAGCAUCAUCAUCAGGAACAGCAUCAUCAUACGGAUAAGUCGCAAGGGAAAGCAUCUACUACAUCAGGGAAAGCUGGCGCGACGGAUAAAAUAACGGAAAAAGUUAGUCAGUCCUCCGAACAAAAAGCGGAGGGAGGCAUCAAAGCGGAUCGGCAGGGGAAAACCGAAACUGCGGAGAGCAGAGGGGAAGAAAAGAACUUGGAGGAGAGCGCGGACAACAACCUGCACCUUGACGAGCACGUUGAGUCGUUUGCGGUGACGUACGAAAAGCUGCAGAAAGAGUGCUACACGAUAAACGACGACGUAGGACGUCUGUCUCGAGCCCGGGAAAUGAUCGCGACCGCACGCGUGCGAGUAUCCGCAUCUGGCGACUGCGACCUUCAAGGCGCGGAUUGUAUGGAGGGAAUGGGUCAGGACCUCGCGUGCUCUUGGGUGUUUGACAACAUAGCGUGGACAAAUCACCUCAAUUGGGAGAAGUGUGCGAAGCUGUCCGAUCAAGUUUCGGUGGAGAUAGGGUGCGAGCCCGUGCCCGCCGGAGAAAGCGCCAUUAACCGGCCGGGCUACAUCCGUCUCCCCGUGCACGCACUGAACUUCGGGGGACUUGUGCGGGACCUCAUGAAGCCGCUCCUGGAAAGAAUGGGUGCGAUGUUCUCCGGGGGCAGCGCCUCCUCUUUCAUGGCGCGCAGGGAGGGAGAGGAAGGCGUCGAAAAAUGGGUGACCGAAAAGUGGCACAACAUGACGACUGCCGCUGGCUUUCGACGCGCGCCGACGACGCCACCGGAAGAACGAACGCGACCGCACAAGCGACCACCACCGCGCAAGACACUACACAGCACUACUUCCGACAUGUGGACAUCGGCUGCCGACUUUUUUUCGAAACAAACGAACAAGAUGCUGCACCCCAUAGAGCACCUCAAAGACGAAGUGGGCAACUUUUUCAGCCAACGCAUCCCGCCCCUGAUAUCGGCGUUGUUGUCUUCCCAUCUGGUCAUGUUUAUCGACAUGUUAGAUGUAGAUGGGAGCGGCGAAGUGUGCCCGAACGAGAUCAGUCAGAAAGUGCUGGAAGAGUUCGAGGCCCGCGUGAUCGACCCGCUGGUAGAGGCGUUCGGGGCCGUGAAACUGGGGCCGCUUCCCGUCGGCGAACUAGUGGCGUCCCCCCUGCGUCGCUUGUGGAACGUGGCCGCGAGCCAGUUUGCGGUGUUUUUGGACACCCGCCUGGGUUACGUGGUGAACGAAGUCUCGCGCACGCUCGUUUUCGCCCUGGACGCCAAGGGCGGGGGAAGUAGUGGUAGGAAUGGUGAUCACCAUCAUCCUCAUCAUCAUGACCAUCAUCGCCAUCAUCAUCAUCACCAUCAUCACCACCACCACCGCCACCAUCAUCACCACCACCACCACCACCACCACCGGCAUCAUCAUGAUCAUCAUCAUGGUGGAACUGGGAACGUUGUGGCGAAACUGGGAGCGGCCACAACGGACAUAAUGCAACUCGUACUUUUCGUAUCGUCAAAAAAAAGUACUGCUUCACUGUAAAAAAACUUAUCAUGAAGCAGUUGUACAUACAGGAGAGCGUCGUGCAAGGGUGCAGCAGUGUAGUUUUUCCUCUUACCAGUGCAAGGCAACGGAUUGUUGAUUUUAGAAAGAUGUGUUAUAUUCAUCAUCCGCCAAUGUUGGGAUGCACGCAUGAAAGUAGAUUUGCAUUUCUUUCGUCAUGUGCUGCGACAACCUUGUGACGCAGUAGAUCCUGCUGCACUAAAUGCGUCACAGUGCUGGAAGUCAUUUUUUUUGCGUGAUAUUUCGAACUGCUUUUCCCGGACGCGGUGCGUGGCAAGGAGGACGGCGGGAAGGCCGCACUCGUGCCAUGAGGAAAAGUUCCCCCUUCGUCCCAUGAGUGCUCAAAAUGGAAAUUUGUGAUGCUGAUCUGUGGCCACAAAUCAGCAAGAAGGCAAGAGCAGGGGUUUCCGCCCCAUUAUGGAAGCGAUUUAUCUUCAUGCUGUUGGGGCUAGUACUACAGGGCAGCCGUUCACUAGUACCAACAUGCGAAGCAAUUAGACUCGAACUCGCCUGCGCAGACUGAGAAUCGUCCAGCAGCGAUCCCUUAUUUGUGUACGCAGUUCCGACAACAUCAGACCCGUCGUUUUGAAUAUGGGGAGGGGGGAUUUUUGAUUUUGAUAACCCGACCGGUUCCGGGAGGGGACGCAGAAAAUGUGGUGCAUAAUCACCCCGGCGGCGCUUUUAGCCAGGGCACAGGACCUGGCUGCGAGCGCCAAGAAGAUUCUGCGCACGCCACUCAGCGAGCGAAAAUUAGUUGAAAAACUCGAUCCGAGGGUGUACGAAAUGCUGGCCAAGAUGGAGAGCACCGAGCUUUACGCGGUCAUGAUGCGAGUGAGAACGGUGCUGCGCCGGCAGAUUGCAAACCCGAAGCUGCUCACGGAGCUGCAGGGGCUCGUGAGGGCUUCCUUUCACCGGGAACAGAAGAAGGCCAAGCAGCGGGAGAAAGGGGUCACGGUGCUGCAAGUCGGCGACGAAGUAGUGGAUCGGUUUCCUCGUCGUGCGCGUGCGCCCCCGGGAAGCAUGUGGAUGAAAGAAGGUUCUCGCGCACGAGGAGGACACGCUGGUCUCUACUUUGCUGGUCCGCAGGAGGUAGUAGACUUCGAGCUCAACGUAUCGCAAGAAAAAAGUGUUACAGUUACACAUUGUGUUGCAAGACCGGCAACACAGGCAACCUUUCUCAUGCAGGAAAUGCUUGGAAGCCUCGUUUCCUUCCUGUUUUCCCUUUAUAAUCUUCGCAUUGCAAGUUUUCCCUGUCACACAGCGAAAAUUUGUGAUGCAGAAGCUCAAACAAAUGUGUAACUGUAACACUUUUUUCUCGUGAUACGACGACUGGUGGUGGACGAGCACACCAGCAGCAGCGGAGGAACCAGAAGGUGAAGAACAUGUUGUUGGUUCGACGAUGCUAUCAAACGCAAAUAUGUACUAGUUUGGGUCUGGGAACUUGUAUGUUGUAAUUACACAAUCACAAUUUAGAACACACUUCAACUACUCCAAAAUAAAAUUCUCCUUUUUCCUUUGUUUCCUUUUUCCUUCAAAUUCGCACGCAAUAACUAUUGCUACGGGCCUUGCGCGCGAGUAAUGCUGAAUGGUCAACAUGAUUGACUGUGCCUGUAGGUGCAGUGCAGCAGGACAAAUUUUUCAACCUUUUUCUCAAGCGCAGAACGCAUUGCAAACUGCGCUUUUGCAUGACGAAAGUGUGGCGCUUUAUGUGCUACUUAAGUAUGAUUUUUUAGAUGUGCGAAACACGCAAUACAGCUUCAACCUUUGUUGCAGACCCAGCGUCCUUUGCACUUUGCAUUCCAUGUGCCUGGAGGGCGAAAGCCUCAUACCAUACCAGACCCAGACAUAUUUGCAAUGCAUAGAUGCUGGAGCUGUUUGAUGCGACAGCACAUUCGGCUGUGCCGGAAUUUGUCACGGCCUACGAUAUAUGAAGUGCAAAUAUGUCUGGGUCUGGAAGAAUGCAAGAUUUGUGAUGCAGGUUUUCCAUGACCCAUGAGGCCUGGCAUGCAGCACCUAGCAUGAGAGAUGCUGUAAGGUGUCUGUCGUGCCUAUCCUGCAUGAAAAACUCCCUGUCAAACUGGUCAAAAGCGGACAUCUUUUGGUAAUCAUGCAACAGAAGUUUUUGCAUGAUCCAGACUCAGCAUAACAAGUUGCAACCUUCCAGACCCAGACAUAUUUGCAUUGGAUACGAUAAGCUGAAGCAAUCCUGUUACAGUGUUGACGACGUCUAUGGAUGUGUCAGGAUCGAAAUCGACAAAGUCGAAAAAUAUGCGAUGCAAAAAAUGUAGGUUACUGAAGGCCUGUAUUUGGGAGCAGGCAAAUGAGGCUCCCGAAAUUUGUCAUGCGCCACUUGGAGGCGUGUGUGUGAGGAGGAAAGUUUGGAGUGCCAGGUCCGUUGGGCCCGGGGUGGCGGCGUCUUUGGGUUGAUCAAAUCACCCGAAACACAAUGCCACCUCGUGUUGCACAGUCUGUUUAUGUCAUGCGCCACUUGGAAACUGAGGCUCCACCAACUGACAUCGAUUUUGUGCAUCGCAAAUUUUUCGACUUUGUCAAUUUCGGCCCUGGCACUUCCACAACGUCGAUCGCGUGGGGCGCGUGAGGCAGCUCCUGGCCACGGCGGAAGCGGCGCACUCGAUCACAGAGGGCAUGUAUGCGAGGAAAAUUGAGUAAAAGUGUUUACAGUUUUACACAUUUUUGUGAAGAUCUUGUUGCGGAAUUAGACAAGACAGACAGCCUUUACCUUUGUCAUGCCAGAAAUGCUUGCGACCCUCGUUUCAUACGUGUUUUCCACCCUUAGGGGGGGGGGUCGCUGCAUUGCAAACUUACUUUCCCUGUUUGUGCUGCUGAAAUUGCAAUAAAAAAUGCGUAGCUGUAGCUCUUUUUUCUCGGGAUAGCAUGCAAAAGGGCGAGGGGGGUAAAAUGAAGCAGUGCGAGUGGGUGUUUGACAAUGAGGCUUGGACAGUAGGGGAUAACUUCGACAAGUGCGCAAAGUUGUCGGAACAGAUCUCUGUAGCGCUCGGCUGUCCCCGGCUGAAAGCCAAGGCGCAAAUAAUCGCAAACUCUGGAUUAUGUAAUGUGCAAAAGUAAGUUAUAGUUAGUAUUAUUUCGUACUCCUGGUCCUGGAAAGACAAAGAGUCAAAUUUAUGGCAUCACAAAUGAUAAUGAUUACUUUCCCAAGUUGAUGAAAGACGAAAUUGAUUGGUAUAAAAAAGGCCGAUUUAGCUUGUAUUGAUGCUGUGUUGCAAUCCGUACAAAUUCAAAUAUGUAAAUGCUCUUGCACUGCAUAUGGAUUCGUCCGCAUGCCCGUAUUGGAGCUGAAUUUCGCAGGUCUCGUAAACGACGUGUUGUCGCCGCUGUAUAAGUCGGUGAAAAAGAAAAUUUACAAGGGCGCGGGGGAGCUGUUGAAGGUGGCGGAAGAGUUUCUUGUGCGCAACGUCCCGCGCCUCGUGUCCGCACUUAUGUCCUCGCACCUGGCGCUCUUUAUCAGUUUUCUGGACGCGGACAAGAGCGGGGAGGUCUGCCCCAACGAAGUGAGCGACAAGAUCAUCGACGAUUUCGAGAAGCGCGUGAUCACCCCCCUCCUGGCACUGUUUUCCGGGAUCAGCCUCGGGGGGGUCGCGAUCGGCGGGCUCGUCGUGGCGCCCUUGCGGUCCUUCUGGAAAGUGGCCGCCUCGGAGUUUGGCGUGUUUUUGGACGUCCGGCUGGGGGACCUGAUGAACGAUGUGGCGUACGCGAUUCUGGUUUCGUACAAUCCCAUGCACAGCGUGCACCUGAAGCUGCGUGAUCAUCGGCAACUGAGUCUCCACCUGCCGACGUCGAAAAUGGACGCGGAUAGUCGUGCCGUGCGGUUGGUGCUCCUGGAGCUGUUGUUCCCGGAUCAUGUUCGCGGCAAAGAUUCUGACGCGCGCAUGAAAGUGCUGAAGAGCUUUGAGGAUCCGACCAAAGGAACAAAAAUGUGGUGUAUGCCGACACCGACGGCGAUCGCCCAAAGUGGGAAGAAAUUGAUCGAGGACGUCAAGUAUUCACUGCAAAAUUAAGCACCGUGGUAAUUAGACGUUGCCAAAUAUUUUUAUUUCAAACAGGCGACGCCAUUCCUCGGGCCCCUCAUCGAAUCGGCAGAAUGAAGCGCGUCAGUCGCGCCAAUAACGCUGCAGCUUUUGCGCUCUUGCUCAUUUUCUCGCGAGCAGAAUGACCCCCGCGCGCUCAGAUAUUUUGGCGCGGAUUCAGUGGGGACGCGGGGGUUUGGAAAUAGAAAAGCCGCCGCCUCUUUCCGAUGGAUUGCGUCUGCUUUGUUGCAGCUUUGCUUUCUUGUGCUGCGUUUUGACAUUAGCCACAGUGCUUCACUUUGCGAUGCAUAACAAGAAAAAGCUGGAGGACCCGAAGCUGCUUUCCGACGUGGAAAGAAAAUUUCAGGAAAAGCUCCAGUUCGUGCCAAAUUACCUCUUCAAAGUGCUUGGACAAGUCACCGCAACGAUCCGGGAAAAGGUCGCCGGUAAGGAAAAUCGCGCUCAGCUGAAGUGGAUGCUGCGGAAUUCGCUGAGCGCGGCGAACCCCAAUUAGUAUUAUGGGUGCUAGUUGUAAAAGCGCAGAUGACAAUACAGUUGGAGCUGCGGAGUUGUUUUACUAGAGACACGACCACUUUCUUUCUGGAAACUACAACUCUUUCGAAAAAAUGUAUAUAUGAUGUAGAUGAGCGCCUGUUUCAUUUUUUGGAUGAAUAGAAUUCUUGACUGUGCUCAUUUUGUUGAGAAGCACACGUGCUGUCUGAUGCACGACAUGUAGCAAAGAUUGUACGAUGAUCAUAACGUCCCGAAGAACUUUUCAAAGGACGACUACGCGAGCAAGUGUACUUAUACUAGUUGCACCUAUAAUUUGCUGUAAAGUAAAUGUCCUUGUCCAUGCAAACAAAAAUUGGAAUGAUCGCUAUAUAUUACAAGUUGGCAGGUCAUGUCGCCGCAAUUCAUUGAGCAACGAGGAGCAGCGCAAAGGAAUUGAGUCCGAGAAAGCAAGGGCUCUGCACACAGUUUAGUCGAGAAUGAAAUCGCCCGGCGAUGAAAAGCAACGCCGAAACACUUCUU